ACCCUAAACCCCCCUUUCACUUCACUUGCAACACCAAAAAAUCUGAACAAAAUGGCGUGGAGAAAAGUACCUUUACUGAAUCGAAACCUAAUUUCACAGAUUCCGUUCAAUUCAAACACAUUUUUCGCUAAUUAUUCUUCCAAAUCAAAUCUGUACCCCGUGAAGGUAGGUAUACCGGAGUUUUUAAACGGAAUCGGUAACGGAGUGGAGACGUAUGCAGAAAAGCUUGAAGCUGAAUUUGGAGAUUUACAGAAUCUGUUGGUUGCUCGAUCUACGAAGCUGAAGAAGCUCAAUGUUGGAGCCGAUCCGAAAGUUUGCAAACAUAGGAAGCUGAUAUUGAAGUACGCACACAAAUACAGGCUGGGACUUUGGAGGCCUCGGAUUGAACCACCAAAAACCAAUAAAUGAGACGUUUCAAAACAUUCUACUAUGAUACGAUUCAUGUUGUCGUUUAGCUUGGACUUAUGAAAACUUCAUUUUGUUGGACUUAUCCAACAAAAAGAUAAUAAUUUUGUAUUUUUUAAAAUGAUUUUGCUGCAAGGCUGCUAGACGAAGUGGGCCAACCAUCAAACCCACUUCUUAUUUGGUUAAAAUUGGACUUUGUUCUUAUUAACAACCCCAUUGAUAUCUUGAAA